GCUGGCCCGGGAGGAGACGUGUCCGGCGCCCGGUAGCGGCGGCGGUUCGCGCCCGGAGUCCUGAGCAGCGACCCUGAUAGCAUUCGUGCCCAGCACACCCGCGGCGGGAGACAGCUCGCUCAUGGCUUAUCACUCGGGCUAUGGAGCCCAAGGCUCCAAGCAUCGGGCCAGGGCAGCCCCGGAGCCGCCUCCACUCUUCGAUGACACGAGCCGGGGGUAUCCGGCGCAGCCCGGCGCUUACUCGCCUCAGAGCUCGGAUGUGGCCUUCAACGUCCACCACCUGCUCGAGGAUCCUGUGGCCAACAUGGCCAUGUCCUACGGCAGCUCCAUCGCCUCCCAAGGCAAAGACAUGAUGCACAAGGAGCUCCACAGAUUUGUCUCUGUGAACAAGCUCAAACACUUCUUCGCGGUGGACACGUCCUACGUGGCCAAGAAGCUGGGGCUGCUCGUCUUCCCGUACACACACCAGAACUGGGAGGUCCAGUACAGCCGGGACGUGCCGCUGCCCCCUCGGCAGGACCUCAACGCCCCCGACCUCUACAUCCCCACGAUGGCCUUCAUCACGUACAUCCUCUUGGCCGGGAUGGCGCUGGGGAUUCAGAAAAGGUUCUCCCCCGAGGUGCUCGGCCUGUGUGCCAGCACAGCCCUGGUGUGGGUGGUCAUCGAGGUGCUGGCUCUGCUCCUUGGCCUCUACCUGGCCACUGUCCGAAGUGACCUGAGCACCUUCCAUCUGCUCGCCUACAGCGGCUACAAAUACGUGGGGAUGAUCCUGAGCGUGCUCACAGGGCUGCUCUUCGGCAGUGACGGCUACUACGUGGCCCUCGCCUGGACCUCCGCCGCCCUCAUGUAUUUCAUAGUGCGCUCACUGCGGAUGACCUCCCUGGGCUCUGACGGGGUGGGGGGCCCCGCCCCCAGGCAGCGCCUCCAGCUCUACCUGACCCUGGCUGCGGCCGCCUUCCAGCCCAUGAUUAUCUACUGGCUGACCUUUCACCUGGUCCGGUGACCCACACGGGAUCUCCUUCCCCCGAGGAAGAGCGCCAUGAAGACGACGAUGGUUAUUUCCCUUUACAUUGAAGAUUUGAAUUGGUUCAGCCCCAUCUGUCCCUCAUUCCUGGCAAGCGAGCCCCGGACUCGAGUAGUGAGAGCUGGCCAGGACCCUAAGAGGGUCCGAGGAGGGGGGAAGGAACGGCCAGCCAGGGACAGGCAGGAGCCCCUGCAGCCUGGGCGGGAGAGGGCAGCGAGGACUCGGCGACCCCUAGACUCCUUGGGCUGUCGGGCUCUCAGGAGGCCGCUGAGGCCCCCGGCCAGGCCCCCACGGCUGAGGAGGCUAAUGUUGCUGCAGCCUCGAGUUAAAGCUUGCCAAGUGCUUUACACACGCUGUCUCCUUCGGUGCUCAGAGUCCAGAGGGAGGGGGGAGGGGGAGAGGGCAGCCGGUCAGUCCAGGGAUCCACCAGCAUUGGUGGGGGACUCCUGCCUCCCGGGAUGGCCAAAGCCCAUCCAGGAUCCUUACCUGGCCUUGAGGCACCCCCAGCCUCUGAGCUCCAGUGGCCAGAGGCUACCCUAAGAAGGGAGGCUCUGGGCCCCCCAGGACCAGGGCUAGCUUCCAGCUGCUUGGGCCAAGGAACAGGGGCUGCCUGGCGGGCUUUGUAUCAGGCCGAAGGUGGUUUUGUUCUGCUCUCUAGGCCCAUCCUUUCCCCUAAAGAAGCAUCUGAGAGUUCACACCUUGGGUGCUGAGGUCACACUAGGAUUAGAACCCAGGUCUUCACUCAAAAUUUGGUUCGGGAACCCUGCAGCAUCUCGGGCCCUCAUUGGGACCCUUUGGCAAGAAGUCAUUCUGCCUUUGUUUGAAGAUCCCCACCGAUGGGGAGCUCACUCCUCCCUCAGAAGCCCAUUCAUUUGUUCAUGCCCAGUCUCACUAGCUUCUCCCUCUUUGGCGAGGGUCUGAGUCUCCUCUCAGACCAGUGCUUGUUGUCCCAAGGCAGGCAGUGAGCCUGGAGCCUCAGAACCUGGCUUUGCUCUCCAGUUCUGCUUGGCUGUGUGACCUUGGGCUGGUCAUCUUUCUCCAGCCUCAGUUUUCUCAUCUGUUAAAUGAGGAUAUCCAACAAGAUGAUCCCAAAGGA